CGAAAAUCUAGCGGUUUCGCUGAUAAUCCCGGGUGAGCGUACGGCUACUGUUUCUUCUUUUGCACAAAUUCAAUAUGGCGACGAAUAUCAUACAGCGUAGAUAUCCACAAUUUAUUUUCAUUCGUUUACGCUCGACGAUAGAUUUCGGAAAAAUAUAGAAAUAAAAAGUACGUCCCAGCAACGAGCCAAUUUUAACAGGAUCGUUCGUCUCCCUAAUUAACUCUUAAACAAAAGCUGUCGCAUAUUAAUCGAUGUUUACGGGGAAGAUGGUGGGACUUUUUCGAUCGCUGGAAGAGAAGAACGUUCUCGCAAAUUUACGAUGUGUUCAGCAACGUGUAUAACGAUGUACGCAUUCCUUUAAAAAAAAAAUUUUAAUAAAAAGAACAGAACCAUUUAGUUCGACCGUGUUCUUGCACAAAGUUAGAUACGUUUCUACUAUUCAGCGAAAGAUCGUGAAAAAGAAGAAAAGUAACAGCCGCCACGAUGGAUUACGAGUUUUAUGGGAGAGAGUACAGCGGUUCACAUAGAAUCGAUCGAACGAUUUGUCUUAUUGAAUGGAAAAUUGACGAACAUGAACCGGGACACUUUUGGACGCUGCCGCAAGCAAGUUGUGACUCACGCUUCACAAAAAGAAGUCAACUUUCUCGUUGCGUGGGAUAUACGUUUGCGUAACUUUAGUUAUAUUUUUAUCUCUGCUAUCAUGUUCCUCGAGUUUCUCUUCCUUCGUGUAAUGGAUUUGAAGUGCUACACCGUACGUGAGACAGAACAAAAAUGCUGAAUUGUUCAAAUGAAUUUUCUUUUACCUUCAGCACGUAAUGUUCUUUACGGCAUGCAGUAUUUGCGAAAGAUCACACUCACCAUUGAAUCAAACUGUUUAAUUCCUUUAAGAACAAAAGCAUUAGUACGUACACGGUGAGCAUGCGUAGCUCAGGAAAAUUAAUUUUCACGGUCGAACAUGUUUUCUUCGCCAUGCAAAAAACAUGUAUCAAAGACGAUAAGAUUUCUGACAAAAAUUGAAUUAUUUCUGAAGAUCCAAAGAAAUAUUUUCUGUCAACAAAAAAAAGACUAAUUAAAAACAUUCAACCAACUCUAUGCAUUUAAACAAUAAGCAUAGAUAAAUUUGUAAUUAAGCCCUGCCUGCAAACAAAUAAUAUUUCUUAGUAAAAAUAAAAGUUAAACACAAAGUCAGUAUUGAUUUUUCAUAACCAGGAUCAAGAUUCGCAAGAUACAUGUUCAAGCAAAUGAAAAGUCUAUAAAAUUUUGCCCAAUGGCAACACAACUAUGGAAAAGUUGUAGAUAAUUACAGCUGCUUUUAUCUAUGCGAUGAGUUUUAUGGGUAAAAAAUUCAGAAAUAGAAAAAGAUAAUUAUAUUCCAAGAUGUAUGAUGUUUGUCAGAAAACUAAUAUUAUUCCUGCAUAGUUGCUCGAUUACAACAUUUUUAUGAUAAAUCGUUAAAUUGAUUAUAUAUCGCACAAACAUCGAUAUAAUCAUUUUGAUCACUUUAUGAUAAAAGAAGAUAAGAUGUCGGGAGUAGAGAAAGAAAAUAAAAAGGUUGACGAGUCAGGAAUCAAAUAAAACAUAUAUGAACGAAAAUAUAGAAUGUACAAUUGGAAAUGUGUUUGGUCGUUGCAACACUGGAUAUUGAACAAGCAUUGAUAUAAGUGUAAGAAGAACUUCUAAUACGCAAGGAGACAAUGUGUGUAUAAAGUGUUUAAGAUACUUAUAAAUUAAGACUGUUGGAAGAACAAAGAAAAACCAAGUACAAACCGAGAUGAGAAACCCUUAAAAGGAAAUCUGCGAAACACAAAGGUUCAUAAACUCGAACAAAGAAGAACAAGAAAAAGCUCGAUAUGAAAUCAUAAAGAUGGAGAAAAAGGAGAAAAAGAAAAAGGCUGGGACUGCCACUGGAAAAACUGGCGCUAAACGCACUCGAGGUAGUGCACGAGGACGGAGUGGAGGACUUAGGGGUAGAGGUGCAAGAGUAAAGCGUAAUGUUGGAACUAAUAAAAAAGAGCAAACAUGGCCAGCUGGACAAAACAAUAAUAACAAUGUGCACGGUGGUUUUGUAAGGAAACGAUAUAAGAAAAAUAACGGUCUCGUUAGAUCACGAAGCAACUUGGUUUUGAAUCAGAAAUCGAACACACGAGGAGCAUUUAAUAUUCGUCGUGGUCGAGGCAAUAGAUUUGGUUUGACGCGUAGUAGAAGUCGCACAAACUGGACUUUUACUCAAGGCGGACUCUUCACAAAUAAUAAAACAACGUUGAAGAGAACAAACAGUCUGCCAAAUUUGCGCGACCCAACUUCGGUUCAUAAUCGAUUAGGAUAUCAGAGUCCUGCCCAAAUUGCUUAUCGAAAUCGUGUUAAAAGAGCAAAACAAUUAUUAUUGCAAAGACAGAAUCAGAGAUUAUCUCUACAAAACCAAUUCAGAGUACCACCAGCUGGAAAAUCUUUGUUGUCGCUUCAACAAAGAAGUGCUAUGGACAGAAGACAACAAAUUUUAACAUCCCAACGCCGCUUUACUACCGGCGGAUUACGUUCAGAUCAAAUUGCCCGUGCACAGAGACGCGUACAAUAUGAACAGAAAUUGAUGAGAAUGAAUUCUCCACGAUUAAAUACUAAUUCAAAUGUGAACUUCAUGUGUACGUUGGGGAAUGAAUAUAACCCUAGCACGCAUCAACGCCCACUUACUCUUGCACCGAGUCGAAAUGGAAAUGCUGUGAACAGUUUGCGCCAGCUACCAAGAGGACGUUCACCUUUCAGACAAAAUGUACAAAGUUUAAAUAUGGUUGGUCGAGUGCCGCUAUUUGGUCAGCAACGUUCAAGGUCAAGGUCACGUUCCCGUUCUCGCACACGUAACACUCCUUCGUCAGAUGCAAGAGCCGACGUCGACGAUCGUAUUUUCAGCGAGGUCAUGUACAGCUUACCUGGAAAUCUUGGUGUCACAGGAAGAACGCUGAACGAUAGAUUUACAUUUUGAAUUUAAAAAAAAGAAGAUUUGUUUUGUAUUUAGAAUAUAAGAUUGUUGAGGCCAGAAGUGAAAUUUUAUGCUUAAAACAUAGGUACAAGAAGCAAUUCUGUUCUACAAAUUAUAUUAAUAUUUAAGUUGUGUCACGCGAAGAAAGAAAAACAAAACUCCGUUUCCUCGAACCUGUUCGAUCUUAUUUUGUAUUUCAUAUUUUAAACGGUAUGAAAAUUAUUUUUAAAUCAUAGAGCGUAGAUCAGCUAUGUUUUGAAUAUAUAUUUCAAAGUAUUAAAUGCAUCGAAUUUUUAAUAAAUUCAAUACUUGCAUUAUCUUUUAUUUCUAACAAUACUUUGACGUUUUACUAAGAUUUUAUGUGCUAAAAUUGUUCUCUGUUUCUUCCCAUAUUUUUGUUUCCGUUUAAUAACAAAAUUGUAUUUGCGUUUAUGUAAUGAAAUAGUGAGAUACUUUUUUUUUUUUUUUUUUUUAAUUUAUUUUGAAUAUUUGAAAAUAUUAAUUUUUCGGUUAACGUAUACGGUAAUAUUAUUUAAUUUUGUACAAAAUUUGAUUGUAACUAGAUUAUUUCGGAAUUACGGCGGCUAUAAUAUCUUUAAUGAAAUUUUAAUAGUUUAUGGAAAAAUGUGGCCUCAAUAACAUUUUUUUGGUCCAUAAAGUCAAAUUUACAUCCCAGGCGCGAAGUAUAAUAAAGAGUAAUUAAAAGGAAUGAAACGCUCUAACUGCCUACGAAUUAUCAGACUCUUAGGAAUCUCGUUGAGGACAUAGUUCCUAAGAUAAGCGUACGUCUGACUUCCGUAAGAAAAUAAUUGUUAUCUUACCAAGUGGUAUUAACGCAAGAGUGACUCACAUUUGGAGCAUAUUGAGUUAUUAUAUUAUAUCCGAACGUGAUACCAAUGAACUAUAAAUAAUACAUAUAAUGUAGCAAUUUUCAUUUCUGUUAUAAUUAUUUGGUAACUAUAAGCGCUUGUAAGGAAAUCAUUGUAAUCGGAUUAUACAUAUAUGUACAAUGUAAAUUGACUUUUUAUGUUUUACUAUAUUAACAUAAUUUAAUACAUGUAUCUUCUACGCAUAUAAAGAGAAUAGAAAGAUCGCACGUUUACUACAAUAAUACAAAAGUUGAAUUUA